AUGGAAGUGUCCGCCCUCUCCAAAACUCUUAAACCUACUCCUGAUCUCAAUCAAGAGUCCUCGGGUCCUCGGAUUAUCAUUGCCUUAUUCGAAAUUGGAUCCCUUCCCCCUGUCUCCUGGGGUUCUCUCCCUUCCCUAAAUAGUAGUGGUCAUCAAGUAACUGAACAACAGACUGCACAAAAGUUUGAAAAUCUCUUAAAAGAAAUUAAAGACAUCAUUAAAAGUGUCACAAGUUGUGGAGAGAAGAUCACAGAAACAAAAGAUUCUUUUGAGGAAACCAGUAUUUCUGAGGAUGUGUCAGAACUUAAAGAAAAAAUCAGAGAACUUGAUAAGAUAAAUAAAGUGUUAUUGAAAAACUUGCUUGGUAGUUCAGACCUAGAGAAAGAACAGAAUGUAAAGAAACAGGAGAUGAUAUUGGAAAACCAGAAUUCCAAGGACAUGGUACAAACUUUUGGAAAGGAUUUGGUAAGUCAUUCAGAAGAAAACAGACCCCUUAAUGAAACUCAAUUAAGCAAGGAAAAAGCAAAUUACAGACACCAUCAUAUUCAAGAAGAAAACAUCAAACUUAGGAGCAACAUGGAGCAGUUACUACAGGAAGCUGAACACUGGAAUGUGCAACAUACUGAGCUUAGUGAACUAAUAAGAUCAUAUCAGAAAUCUCAGAAAGACAUACAAGAAACUCUUGAAAAUAAUGGAGUGCAUUUCCAAACUCAACCAAAUAACGAGGUGUCAGCUAAGCAUGAACUGGAGGAACAAGUGAAGAAACUGGAACAUGACACAUAUUCAUUGCAUUUGAUUGCAGCUUUGCUGGAAAAUGAAUGUCAAAUCUUACAGCAGAGAAUAGAGCUUCUCAAGGAACUCCAUCAUCAGAAAGAGGGAACUUGGCGAGAAAGUCCAAUUCAGAUAAAUUGUGAACAAGACAAGAAAAAACAGAAACUAUCAGAAACAGAGUAUAAGGAAAAAAUGCAAGGAAGAGAUGGUACAUCUCAGAAAAAACACAAAGUCUACAAAAGCCUGGAUGCUUGUAGUAAGAAAGCUCUUAAUAACCGCUUCAAUACCCAUAUUGCAAGAAGAGAUCUUGUGGGAAAAAAGAGGCCAUCCAGCAGCCUAACUUAG